AUGAGUGUCCAAAAGCGAAAAAAAAACUACUUUCAGAGUCAUGAAAGUGAUCAAAAGAAACGAAAACAAUUCAAUUUGGAACCAGGUAUGAAAGGUUUCUUGUGCACAUGUAAUUUUUCUGAGAAAGAAUGUGUACGUGAUGCUUACAAAUUAUUUAAUGAAUUUGCUGAUGAGAUUUAUGGACCAGAUACCAUAAAGGACUUUGCUAAUGAGAAUACCAACGUAUCUGUAACAGAAAAAGAUAAUUCCAGUAAUGAAACAAAACACAUUGAUAAUGAAGAUGAUAUUUCAGUUGCUUUACAUAAAGAAAUUAAUGAAUUAAAAGCAGAAUAUUCAAAACCAGUAAAUGCUAGAAGAUUCCAGGUAGUUAAUACUGGUGUAAAAAAUGUAGUUUUCAUAAGAAGUACUUUGACAGAUCCAUUAGAAUUAGUUACUAAAAUCAUCACUGAUUUAUAUAAUACAAAACAACAACGUACAAGAUAUCUAUUAAGAUUACUUCCAAUUGAAGUUGUAUGCAAAGCAAACAUGAAUGAUAUCAAAUCAAAAGCAGAUGUAAUGCUUGAGAAAUAUUUUGCACAAGAACCAAAAACAUUUAGUAUUGUAUUUAAUCGUCAUUGUAAUAGUAAUAUACACAAAGAUGAAGUAAUUGAAGAUUUAGCAGAAAUAAUAAACAAAAAAAAUCCUGGAAAUAAAGCAGAUCUGAAAAAUCCAGAACUUGCUGUAAUAGUUGAAAUGAUACGUGGUGUUUGUCUUAUGUCUGUUGCUCCAAAUUAUUAUAAAUUUAAAAAAUAUAAUUUACUAGAAAUAUGCAGUGUAAAAGAACCUACAAGUGAAAUGAAACAGGAAGGAGAAAAUAUUUCUUCUGAACAAAAGAAAGAAACAAAGAUGAGUGAAACACAUGUAACAGAAGUAAACGACUAG